AUGCCCAUGGAGCCUGGACCCAGGAAUAUAGUUAUCGUCGGGGGAGGGAUCAUCGGCUCGACUACCGCCUACUAUUUGACACGCCACCCCUCCUACAAUCCAUCAUUACACCGCAUCACAAUUCUUGAGGCGACAUCGAUAGCAGCUGGCGCCUCAGGCAAAGCUGGUGGUCUGUUAGGAUUAUGGGCGUAUCCGCAAUGUCUCGUGCCUCUAUCAUAUAAACUUCAUGCCGAACUCGCAGCUGAGCAUGGUGGCGCUGAGAGAUGGGGUUAUCGCAAUGUGAGCUGUGGAAAGAUUACGGCUACAGUCCAUGCUCGUGACUUGAACGGAGUUAGUCAUGUGCCAAUACGGCGAAGCAGCCGCGCCACCGAUGGCAAACUGGAAAAUGACCAACCGAAGGACUGGGAGAAACUGCCCAAGCAGGAUGAAACUGCCAGCAAGUUGCUACAAGACUCCAAGCUGCCAUCAGACUUGAACUGGAUAGACCAGAACCUAGUCAAGGAAUACGCAACAAUGGACAGGUUUGGAUCCACCGAGACUUCACAAGUACACCCCUUCCAGUUCACUACAACAAUUGCGACAUUGGCGCAGGAAAAGGGAGUGCAUAUCCGUUUGAACGCCAAAGUAACGGCAUUUAAGCUUAAGCUGGAUAACAGAAGUGUUGCAGGCAUCGAAUAUCUGGACAGGGCCACCGAUGAGAUAAGGUCGAUCGAUGGCGUGACCGAUGUUAUCGUAGCGGCAGGCCCUUGGACGGGGCGACUGAUCCCAAGCUCCUCAGUGGAGGGACUGAAAGCAGACAGUGUUGUAUUUGAUGCUGAUAUAAGUCCGUACGCAGUAUUCACCAAUAUCUCUUUACCUCGGGAUUGGGUUCCACCUCAUCGCGCUGCCAAAGGACAAAAACGACAACACAAAGGCAACGUAGACCCAGAGGUCUAUGCUAGGCCCGGACGCGAGGCAUAUGCCUGCGGGGAGCCAGAUCCAUCUGCGUCACUACCAGAAACAGCAGAUUUAGUCGGAUGCGACGAGGCGCAAUGUGACGAUCUGGUAGCAUAUAUUAGCACUGUUAGCCCCGUGUUGCGUUCAGCGCCCGUCUUGACCAAACAAGCCUGUUUCCUGCCGAGGCACAUGAGGUAUGGCAAGGAGAUGAGUCCGCUCAUUGGCAGAACAUCUGUGUCGGGGCUUUGGAUGGCGUCCGGUCACACCUGCUGGGGAAUCCAGAAUGGCCCUGCCACUGGGAAGCUGAUGAGCGAGUUUAUAUUUGAAGGGGCAGCUAAUAGUGCUGAUAUCAGCGAGUUGGAUCCGAUGGUGUAUGGGAUAGGUGCAUAG